AUGGAAAAACAGGAACUCCCGCAGAGAAAAGCCCCCGAGCCGGAAGAUGAAGACAAGGUCAUCAAAGAGAAAGAAAAGCAAAAGCACAAACAUCCAACUCGACAAAGAAAGCUCUCCAUCCAAAUCCCAACAACUGAGAAAGUCUCUCAAAACGCAGUGUCUCCAAUCAAACCCGCUCGGUCAAAUUCCAUCAGUUCCAGCAAAUCGACCGUGUCAGUUCGUCAGUCCGACAUAAAACUUUCAAAAUACGACGAAAAAUCAGCCUUUGCAAUUUCCGCCACAAGUCAAAAUGCUCGACGACACUCAAUAAAGAAGCAGAAAGUAGCGACGCUGAUAGAAGAAGCAAACGAAAACGAAGAAACUGGACCUCAACAAGCUUCGGUGGACGAGCUCAAACAUCAUCUCAAGAAUUAUGUCAAGGAAGAAUGCGCCAACGAAACCGAACGUCUCCUCCAUCUCUACACAAUUUCUCUGGCCUAUCUUUUCGGCAUCUCCUUACUCCUUCUUGUUCUCAGUAGCAUCAACAUCUUCCUCCCCUUCGAUUCAAACAAUCAGCUGACUAGCCAUGUCGCCUUCGAUACGAUCAUGCUCGUCUUCCUUGUUCUCAUCGCUUGGAUGGGUGCGUAUUUCAAAGAUGCGGAAUUCUACAAGAAGAUUCUGAAAGCGCAGCGAUUCCAAAAUUUGAGAAACGGCUUCAUCGAGAAAGAAAUUGCUGAGUUGAAUUACACUAUCGCACAAAAUGCUCUGUAA